GAACCCAUUUUAUUCCCCCAAAUCCCCUCUCCUUCUUCAUUGAUCAAAUUCUCUCUCAAUCAUCCGAUUUCUCUCUCUCUCAUAUUUUUCUGGGUUUCUUCAAAAAAAUCAUGGUGGAUCAAUGGAAGGUGUUGGCAUAAAAGAGACGGGACGGAAUCACGGGGGAGAUCGGGAAAUCGGAUCAUCGGAGAUGGGGAUUCCCUUCGCCGCCAAACUCCGUUUCCGAUCUCGGUUUCGAUCGUCUAUCGACUCUUACUGCUUCGCUCGUGAAGCCUUCUCCGAUCCUCGUCUUUUCAAAUCUCCCGUCGAUUUCUUCUCCUUAUAACAGCCCUCCUCCUCCUCCUUUUUUUUUUAUAUAAUCAUCUCGCCUUUCUUUUAAUUUUCUCCCUCGAUUAAUUUCAGUAUAAAAAAACUCUUGUUUCCGUUUCCUGCGUUUUCUUCUUCUCGUUUCUCUCUUUGGUUUGUUGUGCAUAUGGCUUCUGGUUCUGCGUAUUUAGGUCAGAUUUCGGGGAUGGAAGAAGCUGACUUCGCCGAGAAAGAUCCUACUGGCCGGUACAUCAGGUAUGAUGAUGUCCUGGGGAGAGGAGCUUUCAAGACUGUAUAUAAGGCGUUUGACGAAGUAGAUGGGAUUGAAGUUGCUUGGAACCUAGUCUGCAUUGAAGAUGUAAUGCAGAUGCCUGGUCAGCUCGAAAGGCUGUAUUCUGAAGUUCAUCUCCUCAAAGCGCUUAAACAUGAAAACAUCAUCAAACUCUUUAACUCUUGGGUCGACGAAAAGAACAAGACUAUCAACAUGAUCACCGAGCUUUUCACCUCUGGUAGUCUGAGGCUGUAUCGUAAGAAGCAUAGGAAGGUUGAUCCCAAGGCCAUCAAGAACUGGGCAAGGCAGAUUCUUAAAGGCUUGAACUAUUUGCAUUCUCAUAACCCUCCUGUAAUUCACCGGGAUCUUAAGUGUGACAAUAUAUUUGUCAAUGGAAAUACUGGGGAGGUCAAAAUCGGAGAUCUCGGGCUCGCAACUGUACUGCAACAACCCACUGCUCGAAGUGUGAUAGGUACUCCUGAAUUCAUGGCCCCUGAGCUGUAUGAAGAGGAAUACAACGAGCUUGUGGACAUUUAUUCUUUUGGCAUGUGUAUGUUGGAGAUGGUAACCUGUGAAUAUCCAUACAACGAGUGCAGAAACCAGGCUCAAAUUUAUAAGAAGGUCACCUCGGGUAUAAGGCCCCAAUCUCUCAGCAGAGUUGAUGAUCCUCAAGUUAGGCAGUUCAUAGAGAAAUGUCUUCUUCCUGCCUCUUCGAGACCAAAUGCUCUCGAGCUCUCGAUGGACCCGUUCCUUGCAAGAGAUGGAAACAAGGACUCUGCUCUUCUUGCUUCAUCAAGCACCACAUCUAAGCCUCCACAGCUUGAACAUCUUCCCAUGGAUGUGGAUCAUCAUAACGAGAUUAAAAGUGUCUCCAUCUGCUCCUCCCGGAAAAGCAACGAAGAAUACCCGUGGUCCCAAGCCAUAGAACUUCAGCGGUUUGCAGAGGAUAAAGAGUUCAGGCUGAGAGGAGAGAGGAACGAUGACAUCACAGCGUCAAUGCUUCUGCGCAUCGCUGAUUCAUCUGGUAGAGGAAGAAUCGUACACUUUGCAUUCUACCUGAGUUCAGACACAGCGACAGCAAUCGCUGAGGAAAUGGUUGAAGAACUGCAUCUAACAAGCCAAGAGGUUAUUGUGAUAGCUGAUAUGAUCGAUGACUUGAUAAUGCAGCUUAACACUGACCGCAACUCAUCGCAUCCAAAUCAAAACUCUCCACGUCUAGCCUCCCAAGAGGAUGAUGAAGCAGCAAAUCAGGAAACGGUGAACUCGAAAGAUGAGGAAGCUGCAGGAGAAUCAAUGAAGUCAGGCAUAUCAGCAGACUAUUACUUACCUUUCUCCUCAAACGGAAGUGCUGCCAUAGAAGCUGGUCAGGAGGCAGAUUCAAUGAGCUCGUUUCUGGAUUCUUGCUCAAUGAUGACAACCCUUUACUCUCUUUCCAUUUCAGACAACGAUUAUCCAGAAGAUCUCAAGACAGAGCUGAACCUGAUCGAGUCACAGUUUAACCAGUCCUUCCAAGAUCUUCUGAAACUGAAAGAAGAUGCUGUAGAGAACGCAAAGAGAAAAUGGGUUUUGAAAAAGCAAAAAGGUAUAAUCACCUCCUGA